CCCAAAGCACACCUCCGGUUAUUGGGGGUUUUGUUUUCUUCUCACACAAAUGUCGUAACUUUUGUUUUGCAACAGGUAAAGAAAAAGCUUGUUUGUGAGAACAGGAGAGAAGAAGCGUACAGGAUGAACAAGUUUACAACCUCAAGUUCUUUCAAACAACCAAACUAGUAACAGAACCAAUGUUCCAUCAUCAAACCAACAUCAUUAUUCUCCUCAGAACCACUUCCUUCUCAAAAAGACACUAUUGUCUAUGGUCAAGUAAAAAAGACCCAUACUUAGAAUCAGCACUAUCACGCAACAAACGUUGGAUAAUUAACAACCAAAUCAAAAACAUUAUCCUUCGUUACCCUAACAACCAAAUCCCAAUCCUAACCCUUCAGAAGAAAUUCAAAACCCUAGAUCUUCAAGGUAAAGCUCUUAAUUGGAUUUCCAAAUACCCUUCUUGCUUCCAGUUUCAUCAAGAUCACGUUCUUCUUACUAAACGCAUGAUGAAGCUUGUUCAUGAAGAACAAUCCCUUAAAGAUUCCCUUGAGUCUGUUUUCGUUCUUCGUCUCGCCAAAUUGCUCAUGCUUUCUUUGAACAAUUGUUUGAAUGUUAUGAAGAUCAAUGAAAUUAAGAAUAGUUUCGGGCUUCCUGAUGAUUAUUUGAUUGGGAUUGUGGCGAAAUAUUCCGAUUUGUUUCGAAUUAGGAAUGAGAGUGGGAGGAGAAGUUCUAUGGUGGUUGAGUUGAUGAAAUGGAACCCUGAUUUUGCUGUUUCUGAAGUUGAGGCUUUGGCGAUGAAGAACGGGGUUGAGGUGAAUUUUUCGUGUUGUUUGCCUUCUAGUUGGGUGAAAUCGUUGGAGAAAUUUCGCGAAUUUGAGUUGGUUCCUUAUGUUUCGCCUUAUUCUGAUCCGAGGCGGUUGGUGGAAGGGUCUAAGGAAAUGGAGAAGAGGAAUUUGGGUUUGGUUCAUGAGUUGUUGUCAUUGACUCUUUGGAAGAAGAUUUCAAUUAUGAAAUUGGGUCAUUUUAAAAGGGAGUUUUUUUUGCCUGAUAAGGUGAAUGUUUUGUUGCUUAAGCAUCAUGGGAUUUUCUAUGUUUCUAAUAAGUAUAGGAUUUAUACUGUUUUACUUAGAGAAGGGUAUGUUGGGUCUCAAUUAGUUGAUAAAAAUCCUCUUGUGGCUGUUAAAGAGAAAUUUGGGAAGAUUAUGCAGGAAGGGCUUCAUGAGUAUAACCAGAGGCGGCGACUUGUUAAUAUCGAAAAGAAGAGAAAUAAAGGUCUUCCUUUGAAUAGGGUGGAUGAGGAUCACAUGAAGGGUAGAAGAAGGAGAAGAAACAGGGAAGUGUCUGAUGAAGAUGAUGAGGUUGAGCGAGAAAAUGGUAACAAGCUGGGAGGGUUGCUUGACCCUGAAGAAAGAAAAAGGUUUUAUAAAGUUCUUUUUGAUGAUGAUGGUUCAUGAAUGAAGAUUUGCUUAGCCUAGGACCUAUGCGUGGUGCAUGGAACAGUGUUUUAAAAAUCAAACGAACAAAACUGAACGGUUUAAUUGGCUGAACCUUGAGCUGUUUUUCAUUAGAGUUCGGUUGUUUUUGUGGAUUGACUGUGGUUUUGUCGCAGUUAUAUGCGGUUGAAUCUGACAAAAACAGAAGUCUCGUUGCUUCAACGUUCGGUUGUUUUUGUGGAUUGACUGCAGUUGUCCCUGUUGAAUCUGAUCAAAACAGAAGCCCCUUCAAUGUUCGGUUAUUUUUUAUAACAUUGAUAUGUAACAUAGUAUGAUGCAUUUGAUUUACAUAAUAAUUUAGAUAGAGGUGAUUGCAUUGCAAUGCAUCCUAUCUUUCCUUGAAAUUGAAUUAAGCUUGUCUAACUAAAUAGUUGUUAAUAAGGCAGAAUAGUUUUGAAACGUCCACUCUAGGUUGACUGUGAUGAUUUUUGAGUCUCACUUGACAAGUUAUUUGUUAAUUUGUUCUCUGUUACAGGUUUAGAGAUUAAGGGGCAGAUUAGUUUAAGCAGUUCAAAGUAUUUUGAAGUUUUCCUAUGUUAUGCUUUAGGCCAGGAUAGUAUUUAUCAGGUGAAUGCCAUUUGAUUUGCCUUUAUAUAGAAAACACAGGAUAGCAGUGACCUGCAUGUAUGUAAGCAAUAUCCAAUUCUUAAUAUUAAAUUCUUUCAUGUAAUGAUUUCAUAGAAUCACAUUGAUAAAUAAUUGUGAACUGCAAUUGCCAAUA